AUGGGUAACUGUAUGAGUCAAACAGGUCAACGAGAAUUUUUAAAAAAUUUCCAAAAUGCAGCAAAUCGAGGAGGUGAAGCAAGAGUUGGAGGAGCUUUUAUGAAUGAUGAUCCAGAAGCUUUUCAAGUAUUCGUUAAGAAAAGAAAUAAAUUUAUUCCAGGAACAUUAAAAGUGACCGAAAAUGAGAUUGUUUUUAUUCGUUCACGAUGCGAAACGUUAAAUUGGCCAUUACAUUUUUUACGUCGCUAUGGUUUUACGUCAGCUGGAAUUUUCUUUUUUGAAAGUGGACGAAGAUGUAGUAGCGGUGAAGGUUUACAUACGUUUCAAUCACAUCAAGCAGAAGCAAUUUUUCAGCUUGUACAAUCUCGCAUCCAAGAUAAUGCAAAUAUGGGUAUAGCAAUACGUGAAGCUCGUGCGCAAUCGGUUACGGGAAGCUAUCAUAGUGUUCAUAAUAUUCCUUCUAGCUAUACUGGUACACGUAUUCAACCAAUACAACGAUAUUCUAGUGAAGGAACAGCAAAUGUUGGUGAUUGUUCACCCUCAGCAUGUGGUAUCACCAAUUAUCAUCGACCACUGAACCGAUUUAAUCAUCGACAACUUCUCUUCCAAAUACCGAAACGACCUCGAAGCAUUGCUGGACCAGCACAUACAGCUGUUUGGCCUUUGCCACCACCAUCUUAUCAUUCACCUCGAUCAUGCUUCAAUCGACCAGCCUUUAUGGGAAACAUUGUAAGUGAGCAUGUGCUUCAACGCCAGCCAUCCGAAUUGAGUACCUGUGAUCAUUCUUAUGUCAAUGUUCUUCCACAACGUCGUUCCGCUACUUCAUCACCACAAUGUGUAUCACCGGUUCUAAGGGAAUUUGCUUCCAGCAGCCAUUUCACUUUUGGUUCAACAGAACAAAAUCUUGGCAUGACAGACUUUGGCUCACAACGAUUCAAUACACCUGUCACUGGACUGUCACAUCGCUAUCCACCUUGUGGCUUUCUAUGCUCCUAUGAUAGACCAUCUCUCAAUUCUUAUGUUAAUGCUCGACAGGAUUCAGGAGUGAGUGAUCGUGAAACAACGCCACCACAACUUGAUUAUGCAUUAGUAGCGGUAGGAAUAACUGAGGAAGGUUCACCCUCAACUCUCAGGGCCAAUCAAUCCAAUACACGUAACGAUUUAGCAUCUGUUGGCUUAACAACCAAUGUAAAUUACACAAAAAUUGAUUUAGAAAAGACUCGAGCUAUAGAAGUGGCAGCAAGUACGGUGGAAAAAGAAAAUCCACGACGACGGCAUUUUACAACAAAUGGACAAUUAGAUAAUUAA